AGCCUCAAAUGGCUCCGGACAGACAUUUCUCAACCCUGCAGCCUCUGGUCCAUGUCACUGUCCUUUGGAUCAGCUUCCCUUGCUCGAGCUUCUCUGCCCAUCCAUCCAACCAAUACGAAACUAUUGGAAUUCGCAGAGAUGUCGAACUGAGGUGAGUCCUGAAGGGGGGUGUUGAAGGAAAAGCCAUCCCUGAGGCUGAUUCAUCCGGCUCAGUUUCCAGGAAAACCAAUGCAGAAACGCCUGUUCAUUCAGGACCUCUAGAGGCAGUAGUUAGAUUCACGUGCAACACGCGUGCAUCUUUUCCUAGUCCGUGGAAAAAUUGUGGACCGCCAGAACUGGAUAACCUUAUCGAAUCAGAGAACCCGCGGAAUGGUUUCCUCCGGAAAUCAGACUCCAUCCAUGGCAUCAGCUAAACCUGUUGUACAUGUACUUGUCUGGAACCCCCCAUCAUUCUGGCACAGUUAAAACUGGCAAAGAGAUUGAUGUUGAACUCCCAUUACCACACAGGAUGCAAAUUCCAUUCUCUCCCUCGGAUCCACACGAUGGCACAAUCCGACAGCGACCCAGAAGAGAGUAGGGACACGUCAAUGCGGCCUGGGAAAACUCCGGCCGAGCAAUUCGCGCCGCUGGCAUCGACGUUCAGGAGGAGGAUCCUCAUCAGCGUAGGCUCGGCCUCUCUUGUGGCUGUUGGUGCUAACUUUGCUGGAAUCACGAGCUCGAUUCUCGGGUUGUCGCCAGAGACCGGCCGGGGUCUGAAGUUGGACGUGCUCUAUCCUAUCAAAGGGUAUAGCCGAUGCGUCGAGACUAAUGAAGGAUUCGAGUUCAUCUACCCAGCAAAUUGGGUUGGGGAUCAGACACUGUUAUACAGAGCCGUUGGAAAGGCAGAGCUUGAGAGAGGACUUGAUCCACCUCCCUUAAAUAGGCGACGCCAGAACGUAAACGAGCCGAUCGUCGCAUUUGGCCCUCCCGGCACCAAAGGCGAGCUUAAUGUUAGCGUCAUUGUGUCUAAGGUUCCGCUUGAUUUCUCAAUCGAAUCGUUUGGAGGACCAGAAGAGGUGGGAGAGGCCAUAGUUCAGACCAUCGUGCAAUCGAGCCGCCGUCCUGAUGUGAAAGGAAGCUUGGUCAAAUCGACGUUGAGAGCAGAUCCUUCAAAGAUGGUCAAGUACUACGAACUCGAGUUUAAAGUUGAGAGCCCCUCAUUCCGACGGCAUAAUAUUGCCGUUUGCUGUACUCAACGGGGCAAAUUAUACACUCUGAAUGCUCAAGCGCCGGAGUUGGCAUGGCCAGAGGUGAAAUCAGACUUUUACACCAUUGCUAAGUCUUUUGUACUGACUUCUUGAGAGAGAGAGAGAGAGAGAGAGAGAGAGAGAGAGAGAGAGUUUUUUGGGACUAGAAGAUGUAAUUCAGCCCAACAAUUUCAAAAACCCCAAAAACCUUGGGGACAUAUGGCCCUUGAAGUCUUA